AAGAUACUCAGAUAGUUGAAUCAUAGUGUGCGAUUGAUUAAUCGAUAGACACCAUUGCCACAGUGACUCAGGCAAAAAAUUACGCUUCUUAGUUACAUAGCGUGUUUUUUCAAGACAAUACAACUGGCAGAUCGUGCAAUUACUGGAUAUUGUUUACAAAAAGUAAUUGUGAAUCAUGAAGGCACCAACAUCAGUAGUCAUUAAAGGUUUCAUUUUACUAGUGAUAUGCUAUCGAAAUUGUGGAGCGUACGAAUGGCUACAGAAGACAUCCAAAGCUUUUAAAUUACAAAGAAAUGACGAGGUCGACUUCAACUGCUCUCUUAGUGACCCAACUGUAAACGUCACGUUUUGGUAUAAACCACAUACACCUUCUAUUUUCAAAAGGCGUAUUCCUGACGGUAUAUAUCUUCAGCAAUUCAAUCAAAUAUUUCGAAUUGUGAAAUUAAACCGCUCAAAUGAUGGUGAUUAUGAAUGUCGAGCUGAAAAUGUGUCGACUUUAGCAGUCCUUUCAGUUCAUUACGCUACUGAUGGCUUAGCAAGACCUGUACCAAGCAUUAUUCGCCGCACAUCAGUCGAAUAUAAACAGAGGUUGUUCUAA